GCCCGGCACUUUGUUUCUUUGCUUCAAUUAAGGUGUGCGCGUAGGUGAUCAACUCGCGGAGCUUAGAAAAUUUACAUUGUGAAGACAGCAGUGAAAUGGCAAAUAACGAAAAGUAUAGUGAGGAUGAUCUCACUUUCCCGGAUUGGUUGAAUGAGGCAUUUUUCGAAAACGUUCUAAAAAACGUCGAAACUGAAAGCACGGAGGUCACCAAUUUAGAGCUGAAACCGGGCACAAUGAAGAACGAUCACUACGCAAGUAUUCUGUUUCGAGCCAAAGUCAGCUACAGAUUGCAGUCGCAGCCAACGAAGGAGAAAGUCUCCUCGUUCAUAUUGAAAGUCGAACCUUUUGUGGAAGGUCGCAAAAAAGAAGUGGUGGGCAAUCUGAAUUUAUUCGGAACAGAAGUACUCAUGUAUACUAAAGUGUUGCCGAUGAUCGAGAAAGUACUGAGACAAUAUGGCGACGAAACCGUUUUGGGACCAAAGCUCGUCGCCUGCAGCGCCACCGCACCGUCGUAUGUUGUUUUUGAAGAUUUAGCUCUCAAAGAUUAUACCACAAUUGGGUACCGCCAUCCCAAUUUGGAUGAAGUGAAAAUUGCGCUGCUGAAACUGGCGAAAUUGCAUGCGGUCAGCUACAAAUUAAGCAAAGAAGAGGAAGAUAAUGUCAUAAUUUCCUUGGACAAGGGUUCAAUGAACUCUUCGGACCCCGAAACCUUUCCAUUUAUUAAGAAUGGCAUUAGAUUGCUCAAGGAGGUUAUGAGCGAACACGAUGACCUGAAACAAUUUGUGCCGCACAUUGAGGCAGUCGAACAUUUACUGUUGCCGAAAACCCUCGAAAUGUUUAAUGCAGCCAGCAGUGGCAAGCGAGAUGGCAUUUUCGUGGCCAACCAUGGCGACUUUCAUUUGAAGAACAUUAUGGUCCAAACGAAUGGUGGCAGACUAACUGAUCUUAUGCUGCUUGAUUAUCAAAUCAGCAUAUUUGGGUCACCGGCAAUCGAUCUUCAUUAUGCCUUCACUAUGAUGUAUAGCCCUGAAAUGCGUCGUGAUCACUACGACGAGCUUCUCUAUUUUUAUAUCACGAAUUUUCAGGAGACUCUGCGCAAAACGGAAUACAAAGGCCACAUACCUUCACAUUUCGAGAUUCGUCAAGAACUGCAAAAGUAUAGAUAUUGGGGUAUUUUCAUAUUCCUCACCUUCCUAAUAUUCAACUACACAUUUAUCGACGAGGAUGGAGACCUUGCGGCGGUGAUCGAAAAUCCGGAGGCACAAAAGAAAGAAUUAGAAAAUCCAAGAUAUCUGAAAGAGCUGCGAGAGAUGCUGCCCAAAUUUCUACACAAUGGGUAUUUCGAAUUAUAAUGGAAAACAUUUUAAUAUAUUUAAAACUAAUAUUAUCACUUUGUAUACAGUUGUUUUUGUUGUAUGUUUAUAUAAACGUAAUAAAGUGCGAUUACUAUGAA